AAUGCCCAAGAAAAUACGUGAACCAGACGAACAUUGUGACCAGACGAAAACAUGGCAUAAAGAUUAAGAAAAUUAAAGAAAAAUAUACCAAAAUUGGUUUGGCAAUGGUGAUUUCAGCUUUCAAGGGUGUCACCCAUGGCCUAUUUCCACUGUUACCAGCUGUGAAUCCAGUGGUUCAUAUUGGGAAUAUUAACCGCCCCCCAAACAGGAUAAGUGCCCGUUAUUCACAAGCACAAGAUUACUCCACUCGUGUUCAAGAAAGGAUCAAUGGCUUGCCCAAGUUAGUGGAGGACAUUGUUCAAACUUCUAUCAACACAGGACCACGUGGGGCAUUAAGGUUUGUCCAAGGCAUGCAAGCUGUUAUUGGUGUGGGUGGGGAAUGGUUAUUAGAUGUGUCAAAGACAGCAAAUACAUCAGCAAGUGUCCCACCUCAAUUGCAACUUGGAUUACUGUCACCUCUUUAUCUACGCCGACUAUUUGAGCGCAUGGGAGCAACAUAUAUCAAAUUGGGACAGUUCAUAGCAUCAGCACCUACUUUAUUUCCAGAGGCUUAUGUCGAAGAAUUCCAAAAUUGCUUUGAUAAGGCCCCUGCAGUUCCAUUCAGUCAAAUUGAGGCUAUAUUACGUGAGGAUUUGGGACGACCAUUAGAUACCAUCUAUGAGUAUGUGGAUCCUGUGCCAAUUGCCUCAGCCUCAAUUGCGCAGGUUCAUGCUGCAAGGCUCAAAGCUUCCAAACAAGAAGUGGUGAUAAAGGUGCUCAAACCAGGAAUAGAGGAUAUUUUGGUUGCAGAUCUGAAUUUUGUGUACAUUGUGGCUCGUCUAUUAGAAUUCUUGAAUCCAGAGCUGCGCCGCACAUCACUGGUAAGUAUUGUCCAAGACAUAAGGGAGUCAAUGUUGGAAGAGGUCGACUUUCGAAAAGAAGCUAUAAACAUAGAGACCUUCAGAACAUACUUGGAAACCACAGGGCUCACAAUGCAGGCCAAAGCUCCAAUGGUGUACAAGCAUUGCAGCACUCGUAGAGUGUUGACAAUGGAGAGGCUUUAUGGAGUUCCUCUUACCGACCUCAAAUCUAUAAGAUCACUGGUUCCUAGUCCUGAGGCGAGCUUGAUAACGGCUCUCAAUGUGUGGUUUGGAAGCUUGCUUGCUUGUGAAACAUUUCAUGCAGAUGUCCAUGCAGGAAACUUGUGGUUGCUUCGUGAUGGUCGCAUUGGGUUUCUUGAUUUCGGUAUAGUUGGACGUAUAUCCCCAAGAACAUGGACUGCGAUGGAGAUAUUUUUGACAUCAAUUGCAACAGAAGAGUAUAAGCCAAUGGCUUCUGCAUUGAUUGAAAUGGAUGCUACAGAAAAAGGAGUGGACCGUGAAGCAUUUGCUAGGGACUUAGAAAAGAUUUUCUCAACAAUAAAGGAUUUGGAUACAGAAGUGGUUGUUACUACAGCUAGAGGGCCAAACUCGAACGCAGCCUCCAUUUCAGCAAAUUUGGUCAUGGAUGAGAAGCAGAUGAAUGCAUUAUUCCUUGACGUGAUUAGAGUAAGUGAAUCAUAUGGACUGAAGUUCCCGAGAGAGUUUGCGCUCCUCAUGAAACAGCUUCUGUACUUCGAUCGCUACACUCGGUUGCUCGCCCCAAACUUGAAUAUGCUCCAAGACGAAAGGAUUGCCAUUGCCUCGAACCGGAUGCAUGUAAAAUAGGUUUUUCUGUCGCUGUAAAUAUUAUAUGUGCCCCCAAUAAGAUGUGGGUAUAAUGAAUAACACCUUGGUGACAAUGUUAAUUUUUUUGAUUGCCGAAGAUCUCUCUUGGAGUUUUCCCAUGAUCAUUGCAAUAUUUUGAUCACUGCUUAGCACAGCCA